CGGUCCUGCGGGCUGGGGGGCCAGGUCAGGACCGCGCCCGCACCUGGCGGGAGAUGGAGGCAGGUGUCCUCCGCCGGCUCCCGAGCCGCUAGCCUCUUGCCCCCGGCUCCAGGGCGCCCGCGACUCAACCUCCGCCGCUGGCGCAGCCGGCGCGCAGAGCCCUGGCCGGACUCCCGGGCGCUCCCCGCCGAGUCCCGGCGCUCAGACAGCCCGGGCAGCCCCAUGGCCCCCAGAAUUCUCUCAGGGUUUCCGUGGAGCGCCUGCGUCAGAAUCACCUGGGAGGUUUUUCAAAAGUACCGAAGCGCGGGCCCCGCCUCGCACCUGCGGCUGCGUGCCGGCGGGAGGGGCCCCGGAACGUGCAUUUCCGUGGCGCUGCCCGGGUGGUCUCCAGCGCGCGCUCGGUUCUGGGAAGCGCGAGUGGAGGAUUUCGCCGGUUCUGCGGGGAAGGCGGAGCUCGGCCCACCCGCGUUGGGGUGGCCUCGUGGGAUCGCGCGGGGCGCUCCUGCUCCGCACCCCCGCCGCAGAUGUGGCCGGGCCCGGGCCGGCCCGCGGGGGAGGGGACAGCGUUGAUCCCCGACCCUCCCCAAUGCAAGGUCUGCACCUGCUUUCAAAAUUUGCCAACUUCCCUUCCCAGGAGGACCCCGUUCUGGAGCGUUAUUUUAAAGGCCAUAAAGCCGCGAUCACUUCCGUGGACUUUAGUCCCAACGGCAAACAACUUGCUACCGGUUCUUGGGAUACCUUUCUCAUGCUCUGGAGUUUCAAGCCGCAAGCUAGAGCUUUCAGAUAUGUGGGUCACAAGGACGUUGUAACCAGCGUGCAGUUUUCUCCUCUGGGAAACUUAUUGGCAUCUGCGUCACGAGACAGAACCGUUCGACUCUGGAUUCCUGAUAAGAGAGGGAAAUCCUCUGAAUUUAAAGCUCACACAGCUCCCGUUCGAAGUGUGGACUUCUCAGCCGAUGGCCAGUUUCUUGCGACAGCUUCUGAAGACAAAUCCAUCAAAGUAUGGAACAUGCACCGCCAGCGCUUCUUGUACUCCUUGUACCGACACACGCACUGGGUGCGCUGUGCCAAGUUUUCACCUGAUGGAAGACUGAUUGUGUCAUGUAGUGAAGAUAAAACUAUUAAAAUCUGGGAUACCACAAAUAAGCAGUGUGUUAAUAACUUCUCAGAUUUUGUAGGGUUUGCCAAUUUUGUGGAUUUUAACCCUAAUGGUACAUGCAUAGCCUCGGCAGGUUCUGAUCAUACCGUGAAAAUCUGGGAUAUAAGAGUGAACAAACUACUCCAGCAUUAUCAAGUUCACAGUGGUGGAGUGAACUGUGUGUCGUUCCAUCCUUCGGGUAACUACCUCAUCACUGCUUCUUCCGAUGGUACCCUUAAGAUUCUGGAUCUCUUAGAAGGAAGGCUCAUAUAUACACUUCAAGGACAUACGGGGCCUGUCUUCACUGUUGCGUUUUCGAAAGGCGGAGAGCUGUUUACAUCAGGAGGAGCAGAUGCACAGGUCUUAUUAUGGAGGACUAACUUUGAUGAAUUGAAUUGUAAAGAUGUUAUUAAAAGAAACCUCAAAAGAUUACACUUUGAUUCACCACCACAUCUUCUUGAUAUCUACCCACGAACACCACAUCCCCACGAGGGAAAAACUGAAACUGUCCAAAUUAAUCCAAAGCUUGAUGUAAUCGAUUUGCAGACCUCCACUCCCCCUGUUGUGGACAUCCUUUCUUUUGAUUCUACUACAGCAACAGAAACCAUUGUUAGAACUCUACCCGACAAGAGUGAGGAGACCUGCGGAUGUUUCUUGAACCCUUCUCUAAUGUCAUCGGAAUGUUCACCUGCAGCCUCAAAAAAGAGAACAGAAGACAUGAGCGACCUCCCUUCUGAGAGCCAGAGAAGCAUACCGCUUGCCGUGACCGACGCCUUGGAGCAUAUUAUGGAACAGCUCAAUGUUUUGACACAGACCGUGUCCAUCUUGGAGCAGCGACUGACUUUGACAGAGGAUAAGCUCAAAGACUGCCUUGAAAAUCAGCAGAGGCUUUUCAGUGCCAUCCAACCGCAGAGUUGAACAGCCAAGAAGGAGCAGAGGCACGAGAAAUGAACCCAUGUACCUAUACUGAGGAAGGUAGUCCACGAUGCUUCAUGCAACACAACCAUGUGCUAAUUAUCAUGGCAUUUCUCCAAAGGGUGAGCAACAGAACAAAAGGCAGAAAAGACAUAAUUAAGGACGAAUUUAAACACACAAAUCAAUGUUGAGGACCAACUCAAAUCAUUCCCAUUUAUGACUGCCGUAAUAAAGUCAUCAGCACUCAAGUGGCUCUACAUUUCCCCCAUAUUAUUUUAAAUGUCAGUUUUUAUUGAUAGUUCAAAUCCUGCUGGAAAAGUAAGCACAUCUCUGGAUUUUGUUAUUUCACAUUGACCAUCUUCAGGCAAUUCCAUAAAACCAUGUAUUUCUUAGUGAGCAAUACCCUUAGUACGAAGUAAUUCACUUACCUUAAAACAGCAUUUUCUAUUCAGAGAAUAAGUUAAUGAUCUGACCUGUAUUUCUUUCAGUUCAAAUUCUUCCUUUCUUACCUAUUAUGCCUUUGCAAGACCAUCUCGUGAGGCUCCCAAACCACAGAUGUACCACAGCAAGAAUACAUUUCCUUUCAUUAGCCACCGAGCGUAAGGACAUGUGACAGUGGGCUUGGAUUUCAUGGUAUACAUUGUUUAUUCUUGGGCCAGCCUGAAAGAAAUGAAGCGUUAGCAACGUGAAGUGCACGUAUCUUCUUUCGUAGAUGAAUACGCACUGAAUGAUUUGGCAUGUACCCAAACCUGUGAUCCCAGGUUACAAAAAUUAAGUUAGUGUGAUUUUAGAAGUCUCAAAACCCAGGACAAUGCUAGAGCAGUAUUUAAAAAUACAUACACAUGUGUGUUCACAUGUUUCAAAGAUGUCUCAAGUGAUUUUGGGAGCUGCCUAGAAGUCCUUUAAAAAAGCACUUGCAUCACCGUCUUCCUAUUUUUUCUUUUUAAGUCAAUUGUGAUUUGAAACAAAAUGAAAAUGAGCCAGAGACUCUAAAAAGAUCUUGGAUACAAAUUAAGAAUUUUAUCUUAAACAAAAUAGAGAGUAAAUUG